CGGAGAAACUGCGGAGCCUGGCAGCUGGUGAGAGAAAGAGGCAGCGUCAGGGAUAGAAGUUUCUAGGCAGUUGUUAUUGAAGACAAUGAGCAGGCAAAAAACUACAUGAAACACUCGACAGCGAAUUCAAACGACGUCGUUUGCAAAUACGCGCAGAUCACAGAAGAAGCUAUUACUAUUGAAUACUGCAAAGAAGACAACCAUGCCUGCUCUGUCUGCACCUACUGAUAUCGGCAGCUCACCACCUUCCCCGGUGGACAGCAGUCCACGGAGGCUGUCCUGGGGCAAACUGGUGCAAAGACUGACUGAUUUCAGCACAUCUAGCAAUGGCAGCAGUAUAGAGUCUGGGUCCAACAAUGGCAGCAGGAGUGAUCUCUCAGACUCAGGCUCAGAUGUCUCAGGUGACCUCUCCCCCUGUAAUGAUGACCUGUUUUAUGAUCCAAUGGAGGAAACCAUCCUGAAAGAAGUAGUGGACCUUAUUGCACGAAGCUUGAGAGAAGCCAAAGACUCAGACUGCGCCUUACGAUGCACAAAACUGCUCAUUCCUGAGAAACUUCUGGAGCACAUUGGACAGGAGCUCCUUCACCUGGCGGCUAGUGAGCCCUGUGGUUUAAGAGGGGCUCUCAUUGACCUGUGUGUUGAGCAGGGGGCCACCUGUGAGAGCAUGGGGCAGCUAUCUGUAGACCCUUACCUUGUCCCCACCUUUCAGCUGACCCUGGUGCUGAGGCUGGAGUCUGGGGGACUGUGGCCAAAAAUCCAAGGACUUUUUACUGCGAAGUCUCCUACCAGCCCCGUAGUGAGACAAGCAAUCAAACUUAGCACUGGUUUCCGCGUGAUUAAGAAGAAACUGUAUUGUUCUGAAGAUCUGCUCAUUGAAGAAUGUUAAGAGGUGUAGAGGACUUUUAAUGGUUUAUUGUCUACGCUUUUAAAACGAGCUCACAGAAGAGCCUUAUUACUGUAAUGUCAUGUGUAUGAUGCCUUCUAAAGUAUAAGGAGGGACUAUGUCAUGGUACAUCCUAUUGUUCCUAUUGUAAGGGAGAUAAAAGUUCAUGGUACCUGGAGCAGGUGUUGCUUAAACACCCACUCUGCACUGAUGACGGAAUUUUCAAAUGUGUUAACAUCCUGAUAUAUCUGCUCAAAAGGCAUUUUGCAAGCAUUGAAGUGCGUACCUCAGUUUCUAUUGAAACAACGUAAAAGGCAGCUAGCUAUAUGAUUAUAUUCAUGAAAGACCAUUGUGUUUUUUUUAAGUGUUAAUUAAUUGUAACGUUCACCAGUUAAUGAUAUGUACACCAAGCAUACCAUUAGGGACCUUAUUAGUAACUGCUUUAAUUUCAGAGCAGAGGCCUACCACUGCUUGCCUUGUGCAGUUUAUGUGCAAGCUACAGCUAUUUCAGGCUCUAUCUUGUAUCUGUGUGGACCUGUUUGCAUUCAACUUUAUUUAUUUGACAUUCAAAUACUCAUACCAUUGCACUGUUUUGUACUUCCAUGAUGCAAAUAAAUUAUUUUUUUCUACAAUUCA